UCAAAUCCCUUAAACCAAAAUGAUCCUAUCAUGAUAUUACUUUAGACAUAGAUAUAAUUAUAACAUAUAUCUAUACCUUUUGAUCUUGAUUUUUGAUAUAUUUUCAUAUACCAUCAUACUACCCAUAUCAUAUAUCAUUUUUAAUUACCACAAUGGCCACGAAAUUACCCUCAUCAUUCGAUCCAAAUGACGAUCAACUUAAUCUUGUCCAAAGGAUUCUUGUCAAGUGUAAACAACAACCAUUGGUCCCACUUGGUACUUUAGCCACAACUGGUGCCAUCAUAUUAGCAGCAAGAUCAAUGAGACGAGGUGAAAAAAUGAAAACUCAAAUAUAUUUCAGAUAUAGAAUUGGAUUUCAGUUAUUAACCCUUGUAGCAUUGGUUGCAGGUGGAUUAAUGUUUCAACAAGAAUCAGAAGAACAAAAGAAAACCAAAGAAGAUUUAUUAAGAGAAAAAGCCAAACAAAGAGAAAAAUUAUGGAUUGAAGAAUUAGAAAGAAGAGAUGCAUUAAUUCAAAUUCGUAAACAACGAUUAGAAGAAUCAAAAGCUGAAUUAAGGAAAAUCGCCGAAGAAGGGUUCAAUAGAGAAUCUUCUGAUUCAACUAAAAAAGAAUCAAAUCAAAAGAAGUAAAUUUAAGUUUCAUUCCCUCCUUUUAUUGUAUAUAGUCCUAUUACUUAUUUCUACAGAUCUAUGCUAUCUGAUUUAU